AUGGCGGCAAAACGAGAUAAGGUAGAAACACGAGAAAAAAUUUUUUUAAACAUUAAUUUUCCUCGUUUAAUUUUGUUAAAUUUGCUUUUUAAUACUCUAUUUCAGCAAACACCUUUUAAUUGGAAACCGAUUCAGAGAAAACCCUUGUAAGUAUUAUUAAAAUCAAGGAAUAUAAAUAUUUUCAAGACUGGCAUAUAUUUUCAUCCUCUGGAGGCAAAGCUCGAGCUUAACAAGAAUAGGAAAAUCGUUUUCCUGACAUCAGCCUUUUGCAAAUGAUUAACUUUAUUUACAUGCUUUUUGUAUUUCAAGUGACAACAGCCGGGUUAUCAGAUUCAAAUGUUCACUUCAGAAUACUAUUAUAGACGUCCUUCGUUCCAAGGGGUGGACGGAAAUCAGAGAGUAAGUUUAGCACUUUUCAGUUUGUCACAGAAGAUAUAGUAAGCUUAAAUUUUUUCGCUACAGUAUUGUAUUAAUAUUUCAUUACUUUUAAAACUGAAGGUUCUUAGUACUUAAAACGGCUUUGUUUAGAAAGGUUAGUUUAUAGGUUUUGUUAUUAGACAUUUGUUACCAUAGCAACGGUGCAGGGUAUUGGUAGCUUUUAGGGUAACAUACAUUGUAUAUGACGAACUCAGUAAUUUUGAUUGACAUUUGUAGAAAUGAGCCAAAGAAGUCAACCAUUUGGUCCAACAUGUGACUCAUUUCCCUUGCUAUCCACAAUAUUAUUUUCUCCAGUCAUGCCAAAACAGUAGCCCCUGAAAACAGAUCUUUCUCCUCGCUCAUCUCUGCUGGGGGACAUUUCGCUAGGAGGAACGUCUGCGACUCAGCGACAGAAAUUUCAUACUGGUGACGCAAAAUCUGUCCGGAAUCAGUUCAGAAGCACUGAUUGGACGAUGGAGUAGUUACAUUGUUUCAGCUAUUGUUUAUGAAAGGCAGACAAAAGGCCACAAAGGUCAAAAGUAAACGGGAUGAAUGUAUAACAAAACAGUCAAUAUUUGUGGAAUAUGUUCUUUCCUGGAAGAAGCAUUUGAGUUUUGCUGGAGCUUGUUCGCAGAUGAACACAACACUUUACCAAAAUCGACCAGGAGAAACACAAAAUUGACUACCAGAUUUAUUAUGUAAACAUUGAUUUAUGUCAUCAGUAUGGAAUUUCUGUCGCUAAGUCGCAGACAUUCCUCCUCUCGAAACAUCCCCAGCGGCGAAGAGCAAGGAGACACAGCUGUUUUUGCAGGCUAGCCAAAACAGCUGAGCUAGCUCGCCUUCUCCUUGUCCUUUUUUUGAAAAACAAUUUAAUGGUGGGCUCCUGAUUUAGUACAGUGGAACUUGAUAUAACGAGGGGCCAAGGAACAGCUGUUUAUUUAAUGAGGUUUUUAAAUCUUCUUUUCCAUAACAGGGAAGGAAAGAAAAUCAUUUUUUACUGGUGUUAUAUAGAGGUUUUGAUGGAUGAGAGAUUUAAUUUUCCCUACCAAGGAGAGUGGGAUUUUUACUGGUGUGAUGUGGGAUGGAUGAGAGAGAAUUUUGACCACACAUAUAUGGAAGAACAUGUCAAGAUCUGUCAUUUUAGGAAUCAUUAUGAGGUAUUAAAGAUAAUACACUGCUUCCCUGUUACAUUAUAUAAAAAAAAACUUAGCUCUACAUUCUCUCUAACAUUGCAUCUUUGCCACCUGGCAUCCAUGGUUAUACUGACAAGAAGCAACUAGUACAGGCAACUCUUAACUUGUAGUACUUCAUUGAUGUGGACAAUGAUUGAAUCCCUUCAAGUAUUGGCUUACAGACUUGGUCCCAAAUUAUUGUUCUAACUUGAUUAUAAUGGACACUGAGCAGUAUUUUUCAAUAUUUAGAGACAAUAUUACUACCGUCCAGUUUUUUUUAUUAUUUUCAAUUGUGUAAUUUUUUUUCUCUUUUUCUUUUUAAUAGAGGUUCUUAAACUCAUUUAUUGCACACCAAUAAUACAGGACAUCCUCUAGGUAUUGCGCCAGUCCACCCUCUAUUUACUGGCCAGUUAUGGGAGUCCUGGUAGACAAAAAGUAGUUGUCAAUAAAAAAUCACUGAGCGAUGGCAAAACCUCUAUCAACUCAUUCUUGCCUCAACUACCCAUCCAUUAUUUGUAUUUCAUACUGUCUUGGGAACUGUUAUCCACCCCAUCUGAUACCACCCUCCUUAGUCUGCAUAAUUCUUUAUCAUCAUACCCAACCUUAUUUACUAAUAUUAUUGGUAAUUAUAUACUGAAUAGCUGUACAUACUGGAGAGAUGUAUAAUAAAUUUCAAGGCAAAUCUUGGAGUGUAAAUUACUGUGUUAAAAAUGAACAUAAUUUUCCAAUUUUUUUUUCUAUUUGGAAACAUUUUCUUUAAAACCACCUAUAUAGCUUGUAACGUGUUUUUUAGAGGCAGAAGGUUUUCCAGCAAAUGUUUUAGGUACCAUAAAAUCACCAAGAACAAAAUAAACAAAGACAAGUUUUGUGUAUUUAUUGGGCCUCAUUGUUUUUGCUUUAUUGGCCAAGUUUGCUUAGGCAAGGUUGCUAGUGGACAUACCAUAAAAUUCCGAAAAUAAGCCCCGGGGCAUAUAUUUUUCAAAGGCCCUUUUUGAGGGGCUUAUUUUUGGAGGGGCUUAUAUUCGGAGGGGCUUAUCUACGGAGGGAAAUUUGCGUUUAUAAAUCGAUUAGGCUAGCCUUAUAGUUGGAAGUAAAUUUACCGUUUUUGCUUUGUUUUACUUUCUACUUGAGGGCAAUUUUCCAAGUACAAGCCCCCAGGGGGCUUAUAUUUGAAGGGGCGAUUUAACGGAGGGUUUUUAGCAUUAAUGGUUUAGGGGGCUUAUACAUGGAGGGGCUUAUUUUUGGAAUUUUACGGUACGUUGGCUUUAUUUUUGAUCCAUUGCUUUCUCUUUGAUAUUUUUUAGUUGACACGAAAGAAUCUCAUGGCCAAAAAUUUAAAGAGGCUCAAGAAACAACUGGAGAGAGAAUUUGGGAAACUUGAAGCUGCAAAGUAUCCUUGCUUAAAUAAAUACUUUAAUUUAUAACCAUAGCUAGUGGCUUUGUCAGAUGAAGAGACAUGAAUAUGCUAUGGAUGGAUAUGCUGGAUAUGCAUAUCCAUCCAUAGGGUUUAUGGAUAUGCUGGUCAACAUUAAACCAUUAUUAUUAUUAUUAUUAUUAUUAGUAGUAGUAGUAGUAGUAGUAGUAGUAGUAGUAGUAGUAUCCUUCACCUAUAUAUCAAGCCUUUUUCAGGAAAUUGCACCUUGAAUAUAAGUCCUGCAAACCAUAGUUUAAUCUAGGAGUCGUUUAGAAGAGUCAAAAAUCUAAGUGGUAAAGAAAUAUCAUGAAACUAAGAAUCCCCUUGCUUUAGCGGUCAAUUUCUUACCCCCCACGAUUUUGUUUUGAUAUGUGCACUUGACGAUCUCUGAAGAGAAAAUAGAGGGUAUGUGUGGUAUGUGAACAGGGUAACAUUCCCUACACGCCUGUCUCAGCAUGCACUCUUAAUAAUUAAGUGACCCCCUGGUGUAGGAAUGGAGGUUGAAUGAUUAAUGUCAGAAUAAGGAAUUGUUAGGUAUGGCAGGUGGGUUGCCUACAGGGAAACAUGCCCGCUUUGUGCUGUAAAUCUACAGCUGAAUAACUGUGGAAUAACAGACUCUUUCAUGUAAAACAAAACCGCCCUUCACUUAAAUAAACGCAGCGACGUUUAAUCGAAUAAAUACAGUAUCUGCUUCUCUGUAGUAUUUUGAAGCCAAGUUGCGGUCACCUAGAGGUAUUGAGUACGUAUUCUAGAACAGGAGUUUUGACAGAGUACAAGGCUGUGCUCUAAGGAAAAUUGAAGGAAGCCCAGUGCUCCGAAACUGUUAAAUCUAGGGUGCCCAGCAUAUGAUUUGUAUGAAAAAUCUGAGAUUUUCAAGUCGCCCGAGGGCAAAAGUUAGGCGCCAGGGGCCACCGGGCUCUGCUAGAGCACAGCCGUGGAGUAGACUAACCAUGUGUACUCAAGUUUGCGAUAGAUGUUUGAGGGUAAAGUAGUGAGCUAAGCGAUAUGGAGGAAAUUUUCAGCAAUAAAACAACUCAGGUUACCAAGGACAAAGAGACAAAGUUUGACAAACCCGUUUGUAAGUGUUGAUUUUAAUGGCCCAGAACAUCAAGCUUGUUUAAUAUCACAAAAAAAGUAAGCAGAAUUUGUUUUUACUCGUUUUUUUUUUCCUUCAUUACAGUGAAGCUCACUACGAAAUAGAUUACUUUGAAAACUAUACUGCUGUUGGCAUUGCAGGCUUACGUCUCAGAUGCCAUGACUUGGCGGCUUGAGUUUUGUUGACGUGUCUCUAGUAUUUAGUAGUUUAAUGUGCAAAAACACCCCUCCUCGGCUGUGCUUAAGAAUGCAGCGGAGCUGUCGGCCCGGUUUUGUUAGACUUUACUACACUUCUAGUACUUAAAAGCAGGUUUUAAUAUUUAUUGUCUUUGACUUGUAUUGGGGAGAAAGUCGACUGAAGCUUAGGCAAGUCAUGGCUGGCGUUACACUCCAAAAGUAUUGUUAAUGGUUGGCUUGCACGUUGGUAAAUGAAUUUAUGUCCUUCUCCUGUUUGUCAGGGGUCGUUUUGUGCAUUAACGACACUCUACCCUAUAGUUUGCAUGAAAACACUAAGCCAUGAUUUGUGUGAUACGCUUCUUUAACAGUUCUGUGCUGUCCAGCUGUGUUAGCUUUUUGUCUUUCCCUUGUUUCUAAUUUGUUAGCCCAUUUAUGAACUAUAAAACGGCGUUAUAGGUUAUUCCUGCUAGCAGCUACUGUCUGUUUUAUUUUGGUGAGUUUUAUGCCGCUUCACCCUCUUCUUCUUCUUCCUCGUCAAAGUCGCCAUCAAAUUCAGCUGUAGCGUCUUGGUAUUGCUGGUACUCUGACACAAGAUCGUUCAUGUUGGAUUCAGCCUGUGAAAAAAAAAAUCAGUGAAACUAAUCAUUUUUAUAAAAAGAAAUGUCUUCUUUGAAGCUAUUUUACUUUAAGACCUACAAAGUAGGCCUUCCAAACUUCGAGUCAACUUCGCAGGCAUGCCGGCGGUAAAGACCUGCGAUGUUUCUUGUUGCCGGUGGCCUUUAUGUCUUCAUAUGUCAGAGUGGUACCGCAAGCGUGCAGUACCGGUUGCUAUGUCGCAGGUACUUCAGGGGCAUUAUUUAUUGAGAGCCAGGCUUAAGUUAUCGUGAGCCGAAACGAUCAUAGAGAGACCCUGAAAACGGAAAGUGAGACGUUUGCACUGCCGUGAAGAGUACUAUACUAUAUAAAGAUAUUCGUUUCUUGUCCAUGCAGUUUAACCUUUUUUUACCUCAGUGAAUUCCAUUUCAUCCAUGCCUUCGCCAGUGUACCAAUGCAGGAACGCUUUGCGCCUAAACAUAGCAGUAAACUGCUCUCCGAUUCUUUUGAACAGUUCCUGUAUAGCGGUGCUAUUACCAACGAAAGUACCAGACAUCUUCAGUCCACGAGGAGGGAUGUCACAGACCGCGGUCUUGACGUUGUUGGGGAUCCAUUCCACGAAGUAUGAACUGUUCUUGUUUUGAACAUUCAGCAUCUGUUCAUCCACUUCCUUCAUGGACAUACGGCCACGAAACAUGGCGGCCACCGUCAGAUAACGACCGUGCCUUGGAUCACAUGCAGCCAUCAUGUUCUUGACAUCAAACAUCUGCUGGGUUAGUUCAGGUACUGAUAGUGAUUGGUAUUGCUGCGAUCCUCUGCUGGUGAGGGGGGCAAAUCCAGGCAUGAAGAAGUGAAGACGAGGGAAAGGAACCAUGUUCACUGCUAGUUUCCUGAGAUCCGCAUUCAGCUAUAAAAAGGAUGGGAAAACGGCGUGUCUUAAUAGAAACCAGCGACUAACACCCAUGACGACCACAAUGUUAUACUUUGUAUUUCUUCAAAAAUUUCAUAGCCUAUUCCAGGCGUUCACCCGCUCGCUUUUUUUCCUCGUUAAAUCUUUUUGCGCCUUUCCUACAGUUUGAACGUCUGAAAAAGGCUAAAAAUGUAGGGAAAAAAAAUGUAUGGUUCAACAAAAUCAAUGACUCCCAGUAGGCCAGGUCAGUAAAGUGGUUCGGAAAGUUACGCUCGGCUGUCUGCUCAAGGAGAACGUGAACUGAAACCUGCACGAACGUCAAUGGGUGCGCUUAUUGUCAAGAUCUUAUACUCGAGAAAACGAUAUACCAAGCGCUCACCUGUACGCUAAGUAAGGGGCCUGUGUCAUACAGUUUACUAUUAGGGUCCUGUGCCAUACAUUUUACCAUAACAUAAUUGGUGUCGAAGAAAAUCAAUGGUUAUUUCGGUGUCCUUUUAGAUAGGGGUUCAUUAUAUCGAGGAUUCACAUUAUGUGUGAUGGUUUCAGUGUUUGAAUACUGUUUGUUUGCAACCACGUGACAGGACGGCCAUUUUGGGGGUCAAUACAAUAGGAUUUUUUCUGGAAGAAUUUACAUGAAAACAAAGUUUAGUUCCCAGAGGAGAGAAAUGAUUUUGUUCUUGACCACCAACAUGGCCGCCGUGACGUCACGUGCAAACCAACAAUAGAGGCAAUGAGACAGAGUUGCCACACUUAGGAGGUCAGCCUUUCCGUUACCAUGUAGAGCAUUCGUUAUGAGGAAAAACUUUCGAUCGUCAAUAAGUUAUUUAUAUACGGUUGUCGGUAUUGCACUUUUGUUCCUUUUUUUCUCCUUAUCUUUUGUUUUCAAUUGACAGUUUUUUUCUUGGAUUUCGAUAUUGCGACUCUGAAACUAAAAAAGCAAUCCUCUCUUGUCGUUUGGCGUCUUAAUCCUGCUGCACAUGCGCAAUACGCUUGCAAACGUGAAAAUGAAUGUAAAUAAGUGAAUAGGCCGAAGAUAAGUAAAAAAGAAAAACACGGGCGAAAUGUCAAAACAUUUUGACACGUUACUUUUAUAUUCAGUAUCAGUCCAAUAUCUAAAGACGGGAAGGCGAUUAUCGCAUUUUAUACAGCUGCCCCUCUAAAAAUGGAUAUCAGAUGGACAGUUCUGAAAACGAUUUUGUUUGAGUGUAAGUUCAAAUCAACGCAGAUGAAAUUAAAUUCUCGCUUUCUUUAUCUUCUAUUUUUUCUGUAAAGAUUGUUUUAAUCAGCGAUCGAUCCAUUACUCGAGUAUUUUGGAGAUUUAAUUAUCAUCACUUUUUCCGUGUAAGUUUUCUUUCUCACACUAACAGGGUUCCCCUCCCCCCACCUCCCGAAAGAAAAGAAACCUUUUUCGUACCACAUUCACUUUGUGAUAUUUCUUGCUACAAAACCCACGAUCUUAAGAUUUUUGUUUAUUUCACGGUCGUUUCUUUCGCUCUUUAUAUGCGCACGUCCGUAUUCUGGGCGAGAUCUUUUUCUAUCGCAAAAUUUCGUUCUUUUUAGUCAUUCAAAAAAAUCCAACAAUACCUGUCCGGGGAAGCGAAGACAAGUCGUAACACCGCUCAUUGUGGCUGAGACAAGAUGGUUCAAGUCGCCAUAAGUUGGUGUGGAGAGCUUCAGAGUUCGGAAACAGAUAUCGUACAGAGCUUCAUUGUCGAUGCAGUAUGUUUCAUCAGUGUUUUCGACCAACUGAUGGACCGACAGUGUGGCGUUGUAAGGUUCAACAACGGUAUCCGAUACUUUGGGUGAUGGUACAACGCUGAAUGUGUUCAUGAUUCUGUCGGGAUAUUCUUCCCUGAUCUUCGAAAUGAGCAGAGUUCCCAUUCCAGAGCCGGUUCCACCGCCCAGAGAGUGCGUGAGCUGAAAGCCUUGAAGGCAAUCGCAGCACUCUGUUUCUUUGCGGACGACAUCGAGUACGGAAUCUACCAACUCGGCGCCUUCAGUAUAAUGUCCUUUUGCCCAGUUAUUUCCAGCGCCGCUCUGACCUGAGGGAAACGUGGCAUCGCAUGUGUUAAUUUCUGAUGCAGAUAUCUGAGUGUCGCUCAUUAUUUUAAUAUUCAUUUGCACUCACCGUAGACGAAGUUGUCAGGUCGGAAGAUCUGUCCAAAAGGGCCGGAUCGCACUGAAUCCAUCGUGCCUGGCUCCAGAUCGAUAAGGCAGGCUCUGGGAACAUAUUUUCCGCCUAGAAUAAUGUGCAAUGGACACCAAUCGGUGAAUGGCUACGAGACAUUAAGGUUAUUCAGUGCUAAGUAUUCCUUAGCGCAUCCUUAGGGCGCACAAUUUGCACUCGUGAUUAGCGUACGCACAUUAAAGCAUGGCGGUUUUCUCGUUGAGGCUGGAGCUCCGCAGGGUGGUGACGUGUUUCUUUUUAACAUCAACAGUAACUUUCUUUGUCUAGAAUAAAUGUAGACUAAUUCCCAGAGUAGAAAAAGAAACAAUCGUCGGAAAACUAUUCAAAACAUGUACUCGUGAAUACAUCAAUCAUAUUUGUAUUUUAAGGAAUUAUUGGGUACAGACAAGUCGCUCCUGCUCCUAAACCAGUAUGGGGUUCCCCCCAUUUUAUUUCAAACUUUACCUUUCUACAACAUACACAAUCAGUCGGUGAAGUUUGACAAAAAUCUCAACGCAGCUGGUUCCAUUUCAGAGGAAUGUCCUUAAAUCGAAAUAGAGAACUACAGAAAGAAAACUACCCUAAACUCUUCAACGUAGGCAAGGUUAAAUGAACGUAAAAGCAGUAAGCGUUGGUGUUACAAGCGGAAAAUAACGUUCCGUUGAAUGCUUUGAUCAAAAGUGAGAAUAUUGAUUGCAAAUUUGGUUUUCGUGGACUUAGCCUGCGUGGCAAGCUAUCAAAAGGGAAGGGGAAGAGCAAUUCGGGCGCGACCGAAUUCCUGGCGUUUUAGCACGCAACGAAACAUUGGGACCAUUUGACUGACGGUUAAAGUACCUGUAGCUUCGUUGUAGUACACAUUGAUUCUUUCCAACUGAAGAUCAGAAUCUCCGUGGUAUGUGCCAGUUGGGUCGAUGCCAUGCUCAUCAGAAAUCACUUCCCAGAACUGAAAAGCCAUGAAGAACAGUGAGCGUUCUAGGCUUUUUAGAUAAAAAAUGGAUAUAUUCUAAAUGUUAGGGCGUACACCAUACCUUAGCGCCGAUCUGGUUACCGCACUGCCCGGCUUGAAGAUGAACGAUUUCACGCAUUUUUGAUAGAACGAAGGAAGGCUGAACUUUCUUCUCUGUCGGUCUUGUAAAAUACGUAAAGUGAUUUUAUGGUGAUUUUCGUAGGCUUCGAUUGCAUUAAUUAUUGACGAUGACGUUUAAUAGCUGUUACUGAUGUCACGCGAAGUCCAAACAAAAAUAGUUUAAUAAUAGAAAACAACUAAAUAAUUCGUUUUGUCUCGCGAACUUUAGAAUAAGCAAAAUUUCUCUUCAUACAAAUAAUUUGCAAAAGUGUGAAAAUUUACAAACCUUUUAUUUGUGUUUUGUAAAUGAAUGAAUGCCGAUGGGCGGCAUGCCACCGUGGAGUCAUUGAACUUGUCAAAAGCGAUAGUUUUGAAUUUGUUAUCUCCACGAGCUUGCGGUCGUUAAACGUAUCCUAGAGAUUAUUUGCAAAGUUAUUAUAGAUUUAAUCACGGCCAAAGUACACUGAAAGUAGCGUCCAAAGCCAAUACAAGCAGCAAUACUAUAACAUAACUUUACUUCAAAGGCAAAAGACAAUAUUUUAAAGGGAAACGUAAAAGAUGUUUCAGUAUCUGAAGUCCAUCUUAAAUUGAAGGCAGACUUAAAAUUGCAAAUUAAUACAUCCUGAUGGUAAUUUCCUUAGUCAAAAAUAAAAAAUUAUUAUUGUUAUUUAAGGCCGUCAAUUUUACGUAUAUCGCUCUCUUGUUUUGAACUUCUUCGUGUUUUAACGUCAAUAGUGAUGUAUUUUUUUCGUCCACUUUGAGUUUUCCAUGUUUCAGUAUCGAGUCAGUAAUAUGGAAUUGAGUCAAGAACUUUGUUUCGUGCUUAGCCGCUUUCUUAAAUCAUUCAUUCAGUGAGUUUCUUGCAGAAUCUUGCAUUCUGUCGUUCUUGCAGCUUGUCGGCUAUAACUUCCUGAAAUUAAAUACGUAGUCUUACUUUGAUCUUUUAGUUCCUUUUUUUUGCGUUCCUUAACUAUUGUUUAUACUAGGUGCGACUUUUUUCCGACUACAUUUGAACUUCCGGUAAGUUUCUAAGUUUUUUUUUGUAGUCGAGUGAUUUAAUCAUCUACUAGAUUUUAAACCUGAAAACCAAUCAUAAUGUGCACGCACAAUCAAAUGAACCAAUCAGAUUACGAAGUUAAUGUUGUAUGUUGUACCCGACUCCAAGCGCGGGAAAACAGACGUGUGUGCGCACGGUGCAAUUGGUUAUGGUUCAUACUAGGGAUUGGUUGAGACACUGCUGCCAGACUUCCUAGCCAAUCACAUGGCGCAGCAAUGUAAACCAAAGCAAAAACAAAAUUACUCUUCCCUCUUAAUUGAUAACCGUUCUCUUCGCCAUGUUCACUAAUCACCUUUUUCUCGUUUAGCGUGGAGGCACAAUACUUGGUGUGACGAUAACCAGUCCUUCAUAAACCACUUUUCAAUCGCUUAUUUUAUUUCUUGGUCAUAAAACUGUUUCAUGCAUUUCUUGCUGAUUCAACAUUUUUGGGAGAGGGAAGAGGGGAGAACCUGCCCUCCGAAUUUUAACAGUCUUAGACAAGCCGGUGAAGAGUCUUGACGUUUUGAUUUCAUGAAGAGGUUUGCAUGUUUGUGAAGUUCUAGGCUUUUUAGAAGGUAAUUGACUCAUUUGGCUUGUGGUAAUAGACGUCAAGUGACCCAUUUGGCUGGUAAAUCUGUGGUAGCUCCCUCCCCUCACCUUCCCUCUCUUCCCCUUCCCUCCCCUCCAGACUGGUGCACCACAAGAUAAUUUUUUUUUCUAUAGUACUGCUUUCAUCACUGGAUACUGACUACCGAAUAAAUGAACAUUUGCUUUUCCCUCACAUACAGUAUUAUUAGCUUUUCUUGAAACAUUUAAUUUUAUGCUCUUAGAUGGAAUACCACAUAUUUGUAGAGGAGUUCAAAAGGAACCCGGGCACAACGUGGAUCAUGAAGCCCGUGAGUUUAAGUGAAUAAGUACCUUCAUUUUUUCCACCUACUUACAAAUCCAUUCUUUACAUUUGUGACUGUUAAAACUUUCAUGUUCAUGUUGUAAUUUGCAAUGCCGUAGAAAAGUUGACUAUUCAAACUAGAGCUGUUGACGAGGAAAGCUUAAAGUGAAAACCAAAAAAACAGACAAUAAUUCUCGUAGCCUACCACGUAGGCGUUCUUUUGGCUCUUGACGCAAUUCUCCCCGAAGAACGCGUGACGAAGGCCAUAAUUUCCAUAAUUUGCUUGAAAUUCCCUUACAAUUGUUCUAAGUACUCAUACUUAUUCUGUACUUGUAAUCGGAUGUAGUGCUUUCUAUUAUUAAUCUUACCUUGGUGAUUUUGCUGAUAUAUUAGGUCGGCAAGUCUCAAGGAAAGGGGAUUUUCCUGUUUAGGAAACUUAAGGACAUUAUGGAUUGGAGAAAGGUAUUUCAACAAUUAUAAAUUAUUAUAGGCUUGUAUGUUUUGUUUUCCCAAUGUAGGUCAUGUGAUAAUACUCUAGGGAACUGUUUCAUUGAAACGUCAUCUUAUUUCCGUGCAUAUUCACGCAUAAUUUAUGAAAAGACGAAGGGGCAAAUUUCCCUGAAGACCUUCAUUGGGAAAACAAAACCUGCAAGCUUAAGAGAUCUAUUAAACAAAAUAGAUAGUAAAUAAGAUAGAAAGUGAUACACUUCACUAUGGUACAUCCAAAUCUCGAGAUAAGCAGGGAGAAGGGACUUUCUGAGCCUCGGUUUCAUCUAAAAUUAAGGGAUGAGGGUGGCUCUUACCCGUCCCCGAAGUAUCUAGAUCCGUCACUGCUUUAAACCGUGCCCAUACCACGUGUACGUGUGAUCUUUUAUCACCUGUUUUCCUCUGAGGAAAAUUUAAUCAAGUCAUCCUUUUCUUGGCACGUAAAAUGGCGCGUAAAAGGCGCGAAAACAUUUUUGUGAUGCUUUAAAAGAUCUGUAGUGGCUUUAUCUUUCAGCUUGAGGGUGAAAAACGGUCUUUUUCCACGUGGUCAUUCUUCUCUCGGACAACAUCCUGAUUUUUAAGUUAAAAAUCAUUAAAUGAAGUGGCUAAAUGGAAACAAUAUUGCCGAUCUUUGACUUUCUUUUCUUGUUUAACUUUUUAGGAGGACCCUUAUCGUGCAGCUAUGUCAGAUGACAGAGUAAGUUGGUUCGACUCUCACGCUGUAAAAGCGGAACAUAUCCGUGGGCCAUAUUUACAUUUAUUUUUUUACAGUUUCGUACAAAAAUAAAGAAGAAUGCUGUUUUCUUUAUUUUUUUGACUUCACCCGUUUUAGAGAUGUUCAACUUAUUUGAAAUCUUGUGAACGCUUUAAGAAUAGAGACAAAUCAUAAAACGAACAAUACGUCUGCAGAGAGGGCGUUAAGAUAAUUGAAACUUGGAUUUAUAUCUGAUUACAAGGCCUCGUUCUUGCUAGAAUGACAAUGUCAUUCUCCCCUUUUUACAAACCUGUGGCCACCCUUAAUGGUUAAUGAGUAAACAAAGUGCAACAUGGACACUGUACAUUUUUGGAACGGGUAGUUCUUUCUCUGGUUAUAGAGACGCAAAUGGUAAUAUUUGGUUCAAAGCUAAAAGAGACUAAGGCCAAGAAUGUUGCCAUGGCAACCUCACAAUAUAGCACCUCACUGUUGUGGACGUUGGUUUCAAGUUUCAGUUAUCUCUUUCUGGAGAUAUUCCUCGUUUUAUGAUUUGUGUCCAUUCUCAAAGCAUUUAUGAUGGCAUCCAUUUUCAAAUGUCAAGAAUAGCUAAUGGCAUGGCAUCUGCUUCGAGUUGCAAGAACCAUAAUUUGAGUUGUCGGGGUAAAUUUUGACCAAGGGAAGUUCGAGUUACGGGGGUUUUACGUCUUUGUGCAUUUGACAUGCUGUACUGCAGAACUUUUGAAUUCAUAUUUAUGAUAUGGUUUUAGAAGGAUGACAAAGAGCCUCCGGAGGCGUACGUUGUACAGCGCUAUGUAGAAGAUCCAUAUUUAAUAGGAGGUGAGUCUGUACCAGGCUUAUUGACCAAUUGGAAAUUGCGCUAGGGACUGGGUCGAUGUUGUGUCAAAUUGCACCAUGGGAUUGUUUUCGGGACCUAUGCUGCCCCAGUUUCCUGCGCAACUUGGUAAUCGUCAAUGAAAGAAGUGGUACUUACCCCAAGUGUCCCACAAUGCAGUUCGAUACAACGUUGACCCAGUCUCACUCUGAAGCUGAAAAUGGCUAAUGCGAUCGUGGGUUUCCCCCUAAUUGUUCUAGUUUUAACUCAAACGCCCCUUUCAAGAUAUUCAGGGGACAGAUUAAUAAUGAUUUUCGCUCCUGCAAAUAUAUAAUGCAGUAACUUUUCAUCCGUUUGAUACCUAAAAUGUGUACAAUCCGACCAUUGGUUUGGGCUCAAGUAAAUCAUUCUCAAUGAGAGAAAUCUUAUUUUCGGCUUUUCUGCCGUUUUCCCAAAGGAAUUUGAACGUAGUGUCAGCUAAUGUCUUGUUCUGGGUACCACAGAUGGAUGCUUCGAUUAGUAACCUAAGUUUGUGUCUAAAUUCGAAUCAGAAUUCCUUCUUGAAACGAGAACGUUGACUGGUCCCGGACGUCAAAAAUGGCAACCGGAAGUUGGUAUUUUCUUCCUUUCAGUGCUCUGACUCUACAAAUUAGUAAAGCGGGUGUUAAAACAAAGGCAUUCCGAUUCGUUGUGUGAGACAGAAUCGUCCCAUCAAGCGAGACAUCUAACUUCCUGUUGCUAUUCAUGACGUCCGGGGACGUCAGCGUUCUUGUUGCUUAAGUUCUCUAAUGUAUAGGACCAUACAACACAAAACAGUUAACGCCCUCACCCACCAAGAAAAAUAAAAAUAUUGUUCUAAUGAGGCCUUAACUGCUGCUGUUUUUAAAAAAUAACAAUAAAAUCCAAGCUUUCGCCGAUCAACGGCAUCAUAUGGGAUAAGAAAAUAUUCCGCUUGGAGCUAUAUAUGUACAAAAUGACUGUAAGGCCCCGUCCACACGAAGACGAUUGUAAACGCAAGCGCUAGUAAACGCAUAUUUUUAUCUCCGUCCACCCGAAAACGAUCAUCGUUUACGUAGCGUUUUAACCCGUCCACACGAAAACGCUCGUAAACGCAUAAAACGAUGUCAUACACUGAAUGUAUGGUCUCAGUUCUUCAGCUAGAUUAUAUAGCUAGUCUCUGCUCAUUCGAAAGUUCUCUUUCCACUCUUCUGGUAUCACCACUUGAUCGGCAAAGUUGUUCCACCAGGCGCUUGUACGACCUGGUCUGGUCCAGAAUCUUCUCUCUUUGCUCUCACGUCUGCAUCUAAGUCGUUUUACUCGAGUAAAAGUGCUUGUAGUUGUGGAUAACAAUCUUGAGAGGUUUAGUCUUCUUCUUUUGUAGUUUUCCUGUAUAUCGAUUAUUGCAUGAUUCAAUUGAAUGCUCGCAAUUAUGCUUGAAAUAAGCGCAAGCAUGACACAGCUCAACACUCGUGUGUACGCCAUCUUGGAAACGGACUCGAUAAAAGAGACUGGCGCUGACAUCUGACGUCAGCGUUUUCACAGCGUUUACGAAAAUAUACGUUUACGGCAGUCCACACGAAGACGCAUAAACGGCGUUUUCAAAUUUAUCCACUUUGGAGAGCGUUUUCGAAUUUAUGCGUUUACAGUGAGCGUUUUCAUCGUCUUCGUGUGGACGGAAGGCCUAAACGCAUAAAAAAGUUUGCGUUUACUAGCGUUUGCGUUUACUAUCGUCUUCGUGUGGACGGGGCCUAAGAUAAACUGUGUUAAAAGGGUGAAAAUGGGGCAAAGUAUGUAAAAUGGGUAUAGAAUAGAAAUGUAAAAAAAAAAAAUGAAGAUCUAAUGAACCAGUGUCUCUGGACAAAGAGUCUCUGGAAACGCAUAGUCUUUAAAAUACUAAAACGCUAAAACAAAAGGCUCGCAAAUUCGCUGCAUUAUUCACGGGAGUGUGAGGGAUUGUUUGUACUUUCUUUUGUAAAAUGCUUCGUAUGGGCGUAGAUUUGUGGGAUCCUUUUCGUUCAUAAUAAUCUUUUCUAUGAUGCCUUUGUAGCAAGAAUAGAUUUUUUUUUUCACAGAGGAUUUAACGCCUCCUUUUUUUGAAUUAUCCAGGCGAUUCCAUAUGUGCGGUGGAGUUUGUUCUUGCCGUUGCUCAGAAUGGUAUUUCCACCAGUACUUAGUUUUUCCCAUCUCUUUUAUAACCGACAUUUCUCAAUUCACAUUCAAUCCAGGAUGGUUGACGACUAACCACUUUGCAAUUUAUUCAUUUAUCUGUGUAUUUGUGAUUCGUAGGCAGAAAAUUCGAUUUAAGAGUGUAUGUCCUCGUAACGACAGUAAGUGUCAUAUCUUCUUCAGAUAACACUGGCUUGUUGAUAUUUGUAACUUUUGUUUGAGGUUUUUCUGGGUUUAUGAUUCCCCUUAAUCCUGUGUGAAACGCCCUCUUUUUUAAUUUUUAGAUGAAACAAACAGUAGAGGUCCUCUUCUCUGUCACCCACGGGGCCGGGGGGUUACUAGGGUUAAUUUUUGCUGGGUAUAUGGGUAUGUGCCGCUGGGCUCUCAGAGCCCCUACCCCUUUAUAGUCUAUUCUGUGGCCAAUUAUAGAUCCCGUCUUAGUCACUUGUGGGCGAAUAUGUAAUUUUCGCGAUCCCAACUUAGUCACUGUCUAUUUAUCUACCUUAUAAAGAACACUUUACUUUUCAUCUACAGUAAAAACAUUCUGGUGCAUUUGCUAACCGUAAAUAUGAAGAACUGUCUUACCCCAAAAAUCCGAAAAUGUGCGACCCCAUUCUGGUAACUCCGUUGAAAAUGCGACCCCAUUAUAGUCAAUCCCGUCGUAAAAAUGCGACCCCAUCCAGCGGCACAUCCCCAUUAGCCUCUAAUAAGGAAGUAUCCUUCCCCCCCGGGUCUGUCACCUUUUAUUUCAAAACCUACCACGUACGGUUAUUUUAUGCAUUUUUAAUGCCCUAGUGCAAAAUGGGGAUGUUUAUACCUUAAGAAAGCUCCUCUCCCCUUUAACAUGCCCGGAAAAGGUGAAGUGUUUAUCUAAAGAACAAAAAUAUAUGAUUAUUGCUUCGAAUGUAACGUGCUUUUACAAAGCUAGACAGAACCCAUUUGCCUUUGAAGAUUAUCUCUGAAAGCUGACCAUUUACUCCUCAGUAUGCUCCAAUGUGUGCCUGGCUCUACAGAGAAGGGUUUGCAAGAUUUUCGAACACGCGAUUCUCCUUGGACUCAAUAGAUGAUACAUGUAUCCUUUACUCUUCCUGAAGUGAAAAAGUAAAACAGUUGAUUUAACCAACAAUAAUCACAAAUACCUUUUCCCGGUCUGGAACGUUGUAGAGGUUUCAGGAACUUAAACGAGCUAAUGGAUGAAAAGAUCAAAACAUGGCCUCUUUGUUUUCCCGCCAAAGAAAAUUCUAAUAUGGAGAAGACAUUGUUCGAUUGGCCAAUCGUGUUGCAGUUUGACGUUAAAACGAAGUAUCGAUUGAUUUCUAGAAAGUUCACGGGCAUGAAGUUUUUUCACCCGAGCGUUCGCUUAACCAACCAAAAGUCACGCGCGUUUUGUAUCCGUUCGAUAAACCAAUCAAAUCGCUCUAUUUCCGUUCGUUUGUUGUUUCUGUUUUGUUCGCGCGUUUUCAUUUCAAGGUCAUACGAAAAUCGCUCUAUCCAUCCUUGACGUUUGUUCUUUGUAGAUGUGCACCUCACUAAUGUUGCCAUUCAAAAAACAGCCCCUGAUUAUGAUGCUGAAAAGGUAACCAUCGUACUGUUUGCUUUUCAUGUAACCUUAUUUAAUAGUAAAACCUUUUAUUGUAGUCAUUCUUAUGAAACGCAAUUUUAACAAAAAUGACGUAACGUCGAUCAAGGAUAUCAUGCAACUUGCUCAAAAUAUAAGAAACAAAUGUAGCAUGAAAAUUCUUACUUUUGAACUAUUUCCAGGGUUGCAAGUGGUCGUUACAACAGCUUAGAAGAUAUCUUGUAGCAAAACAUGGUAUAGACAAGGUAGGAACAAGAGUUGAUACUCUUUCGCCUUGUUUGGAAGACCUCUCGCCCCAUCGAAGGAAAUCAUUCCGGAACCCGGGAAAAGUUUUGCUUUUGGAAUCCCGGGCUUUGGAAUCCGGAAAACAGCUCAAGGAAUUCGGAAUCCAGGCUUCACUGAAAAAGAAUCCGACUCCUUCUUUCGACUUCUUUCCUUUCCGUGUAGCUUUUUAACCGAUACAGUCCGUUUGUCGGCCUCAGGUUUGUUACUCAGGGACCGGUUCCUUAAAAGAUGAUUAAGUUUAACCCAGGAUAAAGCCAAAUUUUAAGCAAGGUUUUUUUCUGUAAGAACAUGCAACUCGAGCUUACAAAAUACUGUUGUUAUGUGCCUUUACUCCGAGGUACAGUAAUGAUAACACAAAAUGUUGCUCUAAACAAUACAUAGGAACAAAAUUUUAAUCCAAGGUUUAGCGGAACAAGGCUCAGAUGACUAUUUUAAGCUACCGUUGUAAAAAAGGACUCUCUCCCCUUACCGUUAACUUCACCUUGAAUUCAGAAUCGUCGGCGAAGAAUCCAGAAUCCAAGACUGACUUGGAUUCUCUUACAUACGGGGCGAGACCGCGUGGAAAUUGCGAUUCCGUUUCCAUUAGGAGAUGUGAAAAUAGUGCCCUCAAUUAGUACUAUCGUUGUAAUUACAUGGACACUUGAAUUAAGUAUGCAUUUCUUUGUUUCAGGUUGAAACUUUGAUGAGAGAUAUGGACAAUAUCUUCAUCAAGAGUUUACAAGCCGUACAAAAAGUUAUGAUAAAUGAUAAACACUGCUUCGAGUUGUAUCCUUUUAUUGUAGCUGUCUGUGAAAACGUUUUUAACGUAAGACAUAUCCGGAGCUUUUCUGUGGUUAUCGACUUUCACCAUACAACUCUGACCAUACAUUGAGUCUCCAUUUUAAAUUAUCCAGUUCCGGUGACGUCUUGAGAUAGACCUUUUCUCUGUUAUAUCAUUUUUAUUUCUAAUUUAUGAUGGCACUGCAGGCCAACACAGUCAAUUUUAACAAGAUGCAUCGCAAACACAAUCUUGAUCCCCGACAUUUUAAUGCGAUUCUUCGCUUUGAUUGGUCACGUUUCAAAGCAACCCCUUUUAUAGCCUGGUUCGAGCAAAAUGCCGCGUUCGCCUCGCUUGGCUCAUAAAGCGCCUGUUAUGUAGGCUACCCCUUUUAUUACAGUACAGCGUGAUUUAAUAAAAAGACAUAACAACGGUAAGAUGUUACCUAACUCUUAAAUCCCAAACACAGAAGCAAAUUGUAAAGAUAAAUAAUACCUUUUGGGUCUCAUAGUAAUUAUAAACUUGUUUGCCCACGAAGCGCUAAUAGUGUCAGUGCACUUCACAUGUCCGUGCGUUCCAGAUCGAAUUGGAAUUUGCGGAAGUGUUUGUUUUUGAGGAGAGGGAAAACCGGAGUAUCCAGAGAAAAACCUCUCUGAGCAAGGGAGAGAAUUAACAGAUUGAACCCACAUAGCAACUAUUAAUGGUACCAGCUAUUUUAUCUUCCUACCUUCGAAUUUUAUCUCGUUCUUUCCCUUGAUAACUUAACUGGCAGAUAUGGCUACGAUAUUCUACUUGACUCUAAACUUAAACCGUAAGUAGCUCACGGACUUGCCAUCAUAUAUCUUUACUACGGUAGGCGCAUUUAGAUAUGUCUGCAGGUGGAUGAAGCAGCCAAAAUAGCGUGUAAUUUGGCUCAUGACACAUGCGUGCAUGCUUGCUGUUGUAAAUGUAGAUACCAAGCGAAGUUUCUGCAGAUGUUCUUAAAGUGCAUUUGCCAUUUUAGAAACGAGGAAACUAGACCGAACAAACGUUCGCAAGGACAUCUGGGACUGUUAUUAGGGCCGAGAAAAAAUGGCCAAUAGCUGACCAGCGCAAGUAACGCACAGUAACGAUCCCAGAAACCAUUGCGGGUACAUUUCGGCUCCAGUCUCUCCCUCGUUUCUAAAGUGGCGAACAAAUGUAAUUGAAGUUUUCCCCACAAGUGAAUGCAAGCGUACUUGCAAAUGUCUCUGAAUGCGUGUUUUAAAUGAAUCUAGAUCUUGGUCAAUUGCCCACGUUCGCUAUAUUAAACUUCUAAUAUGACUCCCAGGCUUUAUGGUCAUUUUUCUAUAUUUGGUUUGGUCAUAGUUAGUAGAGAAGACUGGUUAGGAAAGUUGAAAACAAGGUGCUCUAGUUUAUGUUGGAAGCUCCCUGACCGUGCACAAUCCUUUGUUUUUUGUUCAUAAAUUAUGACUAAAUAAAUUAAUGCGAUGUUUAUAUUGGUCAGUAAUUUCAAAGUGAUAGAAAUGCUAUUGAACGUUGUGCACGGUCAGGUCAAAAAAAGCUAACAAAAACCUAUAACAAGGGAGACUAACGAGUUUCCAAACCAUUCCACUUUAAUAACUACAGUUUGGUUUGCUUUGUGUUCAAGUCUCCUCUGGGAAUUGCGAGACAAUGGAGUCAUGAAAAAUUUGCAAUUUUGACCCCAAAGCCUCGGAAUCAUGUUAGAAUUUUAAUAUUUCGAGUGUGGGUUAUUGUACCUCAAGGCAAUUAAUAUGACGUGUAUACUGUAAUAUAUGCAAUUUCAUACGGAAAGAAACAACAAAUGUGCUCUAAAUGUCCUGAAGUUACACUGCAAAUGUUCUGCAGAUAUAUAGCAGAUAUCCUGUGGAUAGACUUCGAUAUAUUAAAAUUCAUAGUUAGCUACGAGGCUUGGGGGAAUAAAACAAAAGAAAUGUAUUAUUCAUCGCUAACCUCCAGAUGAUUUCUUUUGUUUUAUUCCCUUAAGCCUCGGAGCUAAGUGUGAAUUGUAAUAUGUCGAAAAUGGUCUACUGGCUGCUCAUAUACUGCAGAUAUCCUUUAGUAAGUAAUGCCAUAAUUAUGUAUAUUCACUGCCAAUAGACGUCACGCUCUUACGUUUUCUUGUAACAGUUGGCUGAUCGAGAUAAACGCUUCACCAUCUCUCACUGCCAGCAGUCAGUCUGAUUACGAGCUUAAGUGUCGUCUGUUGGAGGAUAUGUUGCACAUCGUAGACAUGGAAAACAGGUGAAGAAAUUAUAUCGCAGCCUAUUUUCUUUGCACGUAAGAUAAGACGAAGUGUAAAGUGAGAUAUUAUUCAGGAUAGAAACCACAACAAUUUUAGCCUGCAUAACAGGCGUUAUUUUUUUGCGCUUUUCAGGCGAACCAAGGCAAGCGUGAAGCGAGCGAGGAGCAGCAGACAUGGGCGAUGAGCUAACGCGCGUGUCUGACACUCCUCGCUCGCUUCGCGCUUGCCUUCGCUCGCCCAAAAACGCGAAAAAAUAACGCCUGUUAUGCAGGCUAUUGUUUUUCAAGGAAACCCGAAACAACGUGGCCAAAUAGUGGUGGUGCUGGACUUCCUAGUUUAAUUCUAACCCAGCAGCCAGGAUCUCUCUUCUUUUCGUCCCCUCGAUCCAGGCUCCAGAGAGCGUAAAGAAGAGAGAACCUUGAAAACGAGGUUGGUUUUAGUCCCUCUCUGAGCACUAGCUGUGGCUUUUUCCUGGUAGUCACCAGUUCAACUCUUUUGGUCGUUGAAGUGCCAAGUACACUUCCGUUUCCAGGUUGUGCGUGAGAUAAGCUCGGUGUUGUUUCGACUUGCAUAAUGGGAUUGCUUUUGGAAACGUCGUUUUUUGAUUGGCUAUUACGAGGUAGCGCGGGAAACUGGGUCCAGAUUUGUUCUAUUUUUAUUUCAUUUAUUUCAUUUUCAUUUCUUGUGAACUGUAACGUUAAUCUUAAUUUCAUUUUGCACGCACUGACCCGCCUCGAAUAGCCUUGCUAGCUGCGGGCUGUGCUUCUGUAAUAUUAGAGAGCUUUAGAUUUGAGGACACGAACAAGUACGAGUACGACAUUUAAAAGACACCCCUGAAAGCUUCAUUUUACUUUGUAUACUGAAGGAGGUUACACCCUCUCCCGAUCGCAAAAUGAUAAAACUUCUUACGUCGCAUUUGAUAACUUGUUCCCGCCACCACGAUAUUCUCGCUAAAUCCCGUUGUAGAAUGACGUCGGCUAUCACGUUUUCGUCAAACGGCAAACGUCAAUUUGUACCAUGUGACAAAGUUUCUUCAUUACUUGUCGUUUACUGUUCAUUAUUUCUAGACAUAGAUCAGUAGUUUCACGCAAUUUUUUAUCCAUAAGAAUUGUUUUGAACUGUUUCUAUGUGCUCGUUUUCUAUUUUGAGAAAUUCUCAACUUGAAUCAGACGUUUGCUGUUUGCCGUAUACGUGAAGCUUCAACUGGUUCACGCGCGAGCACCACUUACUAUUGAGAAAAUCUCGUACUCGUAGACGUCCUCGAAUCUAAGGCUCUCUAUUAUCUGUUUAUAAAUAAAGUUUGUUUUUGUUUUGUUGUUUGUCCCCAAAAGUGUCCUAUGGUGUAAUUUGGCACAUCACUGACCCAGUCCCAAACGCAACUUUAAAAACAAGUAAUCCUGGUACUAGUUACAUAGACAUUUCAAUUUGCCGAGAUCAUAAACAAAAGUUGUUGAGAUUAAACUUUAGAAAGUUUCCUGAUUUUAUUUAUCACAAAAUAAUCUAAAGGAAAACAAUAGUUCUUAUGGUAACUUCAUGUGUUACUGAUUUACAUUCAUUGUGUAUUGCAAGACUAACUGGACGGGAGAAGCGUGUGGGAGGUUUUGACUUGAUGUGGAAUGAUGGACCAGUGUACAUGGAUGAUGCCAGUGGGGCGGACUGUAUACCAAAUCCUUCUUAUCCGACCAACACGUUCUUCGGUAGGUCGUUGUAUCAAUAUCAUCCAUAGCUACGGUCAGUAAGUUUUUAACUGGCUUAAUGACACAGUGUACAAUUCUCUUACCUGAAAUAAUCGCAGCCCAAGGGGAAACUACUACGGGACAAAACACCUUGCAACACCAAGCAACUUUAACUUUGUUUUUACACUGUUUACAAGGCAUUAGUACUAGCAAUUACUUUUUAAACACCUAAAUGUCUUAAAUUUUUUUUUGGUUUUAUCUCCUUUUUGUUGUUGUUUUUGGCCCGUAUAAUUAUAUGUUAACAAUUUUUUAUGGUGUUCUGGGUAACCAGGGCAACAGAAGACUUCGUUUGCAAUACAUUUAGGGCGAUGACUAUGGCCAACUUUCAUCUGACUAAGAAGCCAACCUUGCCACGGAUAUGAACAGCUUGAGGAAGCUGCAGCUGAACAAUGAUGAUAAUGAUGAAAACGAUGACGAUGAAAUCGCGUUCUCACUGCCCGAUAGAAAAACGGGUAAUCCAUACGUGGGGAGGGUCAUGAGAACAAGCCGAAAAUCUAUUACACCUGAACUAAAUUGCUACAGCUGUUUCAUAAUCUUUUUCUUGUUCCCCUUUUUUUUUCCCCUUUUUGUCUUUCACAAAAUGUUCUCAUACACGAUAUGUAUUCCUACCCCGAUUGCAAGGGGGCAAGCAAAGGGAAACGAAACGGGAAGGAGAAUUCCCUUCCGCAGUUCAAUUAAGGAUCACACAUGUAUUAACUCUUUAUUUUCUUUACAGGGUGCGAUAAUAGCGAUCGUGACAAGCAGUUAAAGCAGGUCUUCAAGAAUGCUCAGUCAGUGAAGAAAACAUGAGCAACGCAGACA